UUGCUCUGACAAUCCCCACCUCCCAGGAAUCAGUCAGUGAAGCUUUCCUGCACUCCCUCCAAGGCAAAAGAAAGAAAAUUACAUAAAAAGCAAGGAAAAUAAGUCACAAUUUUCAUGUCUUCUAGAAGUACCAAAUGUUUUGGAGAGAAUGAAAUAUUUAGAAGCAAAUUCAAUGUUACAGGUAACUUUCUGUCCGUUCCGCUGCUGGCAAUAAGCAGCAAUGAUGGUCCUCCAUCUGACUCUUCAUAUCGUCACACAUAGCUGUAGAAGGACUCUUCAUUGCUGUUUCUGUAACAGUUUUUUUGAGUCCGGGUUGUUAGCCCUGAGUUGAACCCCUGAACCUGGAGUACCGGUGAACCACUCUUAGUCUGGCCUCUACCCUUUGACCUUUUUGGCAUAGGUGACCCUACCAAGAGCCAAAGCACAGGGCCCUGACUCCAGACAACUUCAUUCUCCGGGUCUUUGAGGCAGGCAAGCCUCCAUGAUGACAAGGCUGAGAUCCGCCUGGUAACUUUUACUGAUAACAAGCACCCAUAAGGCCUUACUUCAGGACAGCACUAUGCUGUAGCUCGUAAAGCUUCCGCCUCACAAUGCCAGAGACCUGGUUCAGCACUGACAUCUGUUGCCUGUCUGUAGUCUGCAUGUUCUCCCUGUGACCCAGGGUUAUCUCUGAAUCCUGUGAUUUCAUUCCACAUUCCAAAACAAGACAGGUUUGUCUACUAAACUACCCCUAGUGUGUAGGCGAAUGGUAGAAUUGGGGUGGUAAGGGGGAGCUGAUGGGAGUGUGGAUAGAAUAAAAUUGCUUAGGGUAGGAUUAGUGUAAAAAUGACUCCCGGAUCGUUGACAUGUUCCUGUCUCAUUGGGUCAACGGGUCUGUGUUCAUGAUGUGUCUGUCUGUGGCGAUGACAAACUACAAUGUGAUAUUGAGUUAAAAGUUUGUUUUUCGUCUUCUACGUCGGGUGUUGAUAGUUAAGCAGAACGCCAGCAAUAAGUUAGAACAGUGCUAAUAGCGAGGCCCCGGAUUAAUGUCUCCUUUGCAAGAUUGCCCCUCUGGUAGACCAGCCCGCACAGGAAUAUUGACCAGAUUUGUCUACGUGCCGCAGCCUUGGGGUGAGGCCAGACCCCGAAUCCUCGGGUGCUGAGGUACAGAAGCAAAUCAAGAGACUCAGCCGUUGCUUCAGGACAGAAUUAGAGAAAUAGUGGAAAAGGGACUUGCAUGUAAUCAGUUUAAAUGAUGUGUGUGUGUGUGUGUGUGUGCUAGUGAUUGUGUCAUUUUGUAUAUUUGAUUUGAUGACAUGUUUUGGUGAAAUGAGGGAGGGAAAGCUAUUUCUGUUCAGGCAGCAAUCAGUCGAGCAUUCUCUCCAAACAGAAAAAGUCCAGGCCAACUUGGUCCUGACUACAGAUGUACUAUUCAGUAAUGUACAAUCCCAAGAGUACCUCAGUUUUGCUUUUAGAUCCUGGGAGAGUCUGACGAUAUCUGAGCACCAAAACAGAGUGCCUCAGUUUGAUCUUGGUCUCUGAUAGCUUGAUCGUAACUGUAGCAUCCAUGUCAGCCUCCGUCUAAUUCAAAUCAAUGAGUGUGACCAAGGGAUUUGAAUACUGCCGAUCCUAAUUUGCAGCCGGGGUGAGCGGCACCACAAGGCUGCUGCUCUAUCUGAGGCAGCCAGGCACCACGGCAAAGAGGAAGAGAUUUAUCACAGUACCUUUACCCUUGAGCUGCAGCGGAGGCUUGGAUUUCACAGCAGCAGGGUGAUAGAUGGGAAAUCAGCGCCGAGGUGAACUAACCACAACAUCUCCAGACAAAGAGUAAACAUGUGAUGAGCUUCUGGCUGAGGCUUAGCAGAGUAGCGCACGGGGGAGCUCUUAUUGUAUCCGAUCUCCAGCGCGAGGCCGAGGACCCUUGUAUAUCAGGAAUACUUUGCAAAAAUCACCAUGGAUAUAGUAUAGCGUGGCUGCUAAUGUGCUUCAUUAAUCCGGAUAUACAGGGCGGGGUUUGUGAACUGAAUCACAGAUGUGACAAGGGACUGCUGAUGAGACUAUGGGAAGUAAGCAGUCCGGACUGGGGAACCCACCUUUCGAUCAGUGCCUCGCCCUACAGAGCAUUCAGGCAGCCUACAGUGCUGGGGAGGUGGAACAAGCUCAACAACUUUCACGGUUCCUCUGUGAGGAAUCUGGCAGCAGUGCAGAGAAGUGUGAACUCUUGGCCGUCGCUGCCUCGAAUGGAGACGUGGACGUGGUCCGCUACCUGUUGCAGGAGGCACAGGUGGAACUGUCGAAAGAGCCCAGUCACGAAAACCCUGCUAUCAUUGCUGCUCAUCAGGGACACGAGGACGUCGUCAGAGUGUUACUGAAUUCCAUGCCAGGUACGUGCCCAGACAAGGACCUACUGAGCUGGAUGCUUGCUGCGGCCUGUAGCCAGGGACACAUGGCUAUUGUGCAGCUCUUGGUGCUUGAGUACAAGGCAGAGGCAAACAGCUGUGGGAUGAAGUCACAGAAUUAUCCCAUCAUCACUGGGCAGCCAUUGUACGCAGCGAUGCAGGCAGGAAAUGAAGAGAUUGCCAUCUUCCUGCUGGAGAAUGGAGCCCAGUUCUCCUCAUACACUCUCAUGGACUACCCUCAGCUCAGCAAGAAGCUCCUGAGGAAACAGUUUACAGAACCGAACAGCCAGAGCGAAGAGUCAACCACACAAGCAGGCCAGUCACUGAAGUGGUCUCACCUGAAGCUGCCUUGGUUGGAUCUGGACUGGUUCAUAGAUAUGUCCAAUCAAAUAACAGAACUCGAUCUGAGCAGGAACAGCCUCACUCUCCUCCCCUCAAUUAUUCCCUGGGGACUAGUGCACCUCAGGAAACUCAACUUGUCCUCAAACCAGCUGAAGGAAUUGCCGGAUGCAGUCUCGUCAGAAGAAAUCCUCUGUUCGGGAAUACUGGAGAUUGACGUAUCACGGAACCAGCUGACCUGCUUGCCCACUAGCUUCUUGCAUCUCCCUAAACUUCAGAAACUGACAGCUUCCAGCAAUCUACUGAACGUGUUAUUUGAUGAAGAGAAAGCAACAAACUGGAUUGGAUUACGAAAGCUGAGGGAGAUUGAUGUCUCCGACAAUAGAAUUGAGAUUUUGCCAACAACUUUCCUUCAUUGUUUCAAGUCUCUCAACAAUCUUAAUGUGUCUCGGAAUGCACUGAAGGGCUUUCCUGAACCUUGGGCGUGUCCUUUGAAAAUUUGUAACGUUUCCAGGAAUUCAUUGGAAUCCCUCCCAAACAGUCUUUGUGUCUUUUGGAAAAACUAUCUGAAGGAAGCAGAUUUUUCUGACAAUUUACUGAAGGAAUUGCCAUCAAACAUCUUUGAGCUCCAGGCCCUGAAUUCUCUGAAGCUCUCUGGCAAUCAGUUGCAGUCUCUGCCCCCAGUAGACAGAUGGCAAUGCCACAAUCUCAAGUCGCUCGAUCUCUCUCGAAAUCAGUUUGGAAAGGGAGACGAGUCCUCCAGGACAAGGAAAGUCAAUUUUUUCACAAUGCGACUGAAGAGAAGUUCGGACUCGGCUUCGGUGAUUGAAUUCCCACAGAUCCUUGGUGAAUGUUUAGAAGUUCUGCAUCUGGACAGUAACUUUCUGGAUUCAGUCCCUCAGUCGGUGUGCUGGCUGCGUGCACUCUCUGAGCUGUACCUUUCCAAUAACCCUGGAAUCCGAGAGCUUCCUGCCGAGCUUGGUCAGCUAGCUAAUCUGUGGCAGCUGGACAUCGAUCAGUUAACUAUCUCAAAUGUUCCAACAGAGAUCAGAAAUGAAGGACCAACAUCAGUGCUGACCUUCCUCAGAGCACAGCUGCGGAAAGCCGAGCCUUGCAAGCUGCUGAAGAUGAUUAUCGUUGGGCCGCCCCGUCAGGGGAAAACCACCCUCCUCGAGACUCUUAAAACUGGGAAACCUCCACAGCCCAUGCACAAAGAAAGCAGCAUCCAAACCACCACCUGGGAGCUUCCGCGACCUGCUACCAUCAAGACUAAGGUGGAUUCCAUUGUGUUUAAUGUCUGGGACGUCGGAGGUAAUGCUAAAAUGGCCACAGUCAAUCAGUGCUUCUUCACCGAGAGAGCCUUUUACAUAGUGGUGUGGAACCUGGCCCUGGGAGAGGAGGCAGUGGCAAACUUACAGUCUUGGCUCCUGAACAUUGAGGCCAAGGCUCCAAACGCCACUGUGAUUGUGGUCGGAACUCACCUGGAUUUGAUUGACACCAAAUUUCGCACGGAGAGGAUCGCUACACUGCGUGCGUACAUCUUGGCAUUGUGCCGCUCCCCCUCCGGACCCAGAGCCAGUGGGUAUCCUGACAUCAGUUGUCGGAAUUUACAUGAGUUAUCGUGCAAAACAUUGGAUGGGCUGGAAGGUCUCCGCAAACUGAUCUUCCAAGUUGCUUGCAGCAUGAGGGACACAGGGAGUGUAACCACUUCACAGAAGUUAGUUGGAAGAUUGAUACCGAGGAGUUACAUCAACCUGCAGACUGCUGUCCUGAAGGAACAGCAGAGGAGAAACGAUAACAAUGAGGUCCAGUACUUAACUGACCAACAGCUGGAGGAGAUUGUGCAGCAGACUCCUGAAAAUGACAUCAAAGACUUUGAAGACUUACGGACUGCUCUUGGCUUCCUUAUUGAGACAGGAGCAGUGCUUCAUUUCCCAGACACUAGCCAUGGGCUUCGCAAUCUGUAUUUCCUGCAUCCGGUGUGGUUAUCAGAAUGCUUGGAGAGAAUUAUUAACAUCAAAGCGUCCCGCUCUUUUGCCACAAACGGAGUGAUACAGGUGUCGGAUCUAAGGAAACUGCUUGACGGAACUGGCUUCACAGAGCAGACUGAGGAGCAAUAUUUCCAGUUCUUAGCCAAAUUUGAGAUUGCGCUUCCAAUUGCCAACAACAGUUACCUCCUCCCACACCUGUUACCAUCCAAACCGGGAUUCGACAUCAGUAACCUACUAAGGAAGGGAACCAACACCAUUGAGAGACUCUUCAAGAUGAGUUUUGUACCCAUUGGUUUCUGGCAGCGCUUCAUCGCCCGUAUCUUGAUCAGCCUUUCGGAAAUGGACACACAACUCAUUGAGAAUGAAAGGAACCCAAAGCGAGGCCGGGGCAAACGGGCUUCUGUUUACAGCUUCACGGGGUCGCAGCGUCGCAAUCGCUGCAGCACUUUCCGAGUAAGAAGAAACCAAACUAUUUACUGGCAAGAAGGUUUGCAAUUGAACUACGAAGGUGGGAGUCUAAGUGUGGAGUCGUCAGAGGUGAACUGGAAAAGGAAAAAAAGUGCAGGAAUAAAAAUCACGUGCCAGUCGGAAACACGGGAUUUCUCAGCGGUUGCGUUCAUCACUGACCACGUCAAUUCCCUGAUUGAUCAGUGGUUUCCAGCUCUUACUGCCACUGAAACGGAUGGGGCUCCCCUGGUUGAACAGUACGUCCCUUGCCCUCAUUGCAGUCCGCCAACCACCAGGGAAGCACAAACCCACUUCCAGGGACAAGGUCUCCACUACUUCAGCAUGGAGGACUGCUUGCUCAUUGCCAUCGAACACAUGGACAUCGAGUGCCCAAACCACCCGAACGCCCCGGUGCCUCUGGACGAGUUGGUUCCUGAGAUCUUUAUGACUGAUUUCCCAGCCCGGUUGUUUCUGAACGUGAACUACUUGGAACAAACUGAAGGUACAGACCAUGUCCUGGGACAAGGAGGUAGUGGUACCACCGUGUACAAAGCAAAGUACAGAAAACUGCCCAUAGCGCUCAAAAAGUUUCACUUCAAAAGCUCUCAAGUACAACCAAGUAACCUUCGCAAGGAUUCAAUGUUUAGGCAUUUGGAAGCGAUGGAAGCACUGCGGAAUUUCUCCGAGUUCCGACAGGAAACCAGCAUACUUCACUCCCUGCAGCACCCAUGCAUCGUGGCGCUGGUGGGCCUCAGCAUUCACCCUCUCUGCUUUGCCUUGGAGUUGGCUCCACUGGGCAGUCUCACCAUGGUGCUCAUCGAAUACUCUAAAGCAGAUACCACCUUUAUACCCCUGGGCCACAUGCUGACAUACAGAAUAGCCUAUCAGAUUGUACUUGGGUUGGCCUACCUGCACAGGAAGAACAUCAUUUUCUGCGAUCUGAAGUCUGACAAUGUUCUAGUCUGGUCCCUGGACGUGGCGUCCCCAGUGAACGUGAAACUAUCUGAUUACGGGGUAUCUCGUCAGUCAUUCCACGAGGGAGCUCUUGGGGUAGAAGGUACUCCUGGAUAUCAAGCACCGGAAAUUAUGCCAGGGAUUGUUUAUGAUGAAAAGGUUGACAUGUUUUCGUACGGAAUGGUCCUUUACGAGUUGCUGUCUGGACAACGGCCGAUCCUCGGACACCACCAGGCACAGAUUGCAAAAAAGCUGUCCAAAGGAAUCCGACCGCUACUGGGAUCCCUGGAGGAGGUGCAGUUCCCCAGAAUGCAGAAUCUAAUGUAUCAGUGCUGGGACACCAAGCCCGAAAAGCGGCCGGGAGCAAGCCAUGCCAGCAGGCUGAUGCAGGACCCCAGCUUUCCAGCCUUCAUGUAUACCUUGCAGUGCGGCAGACAGGAAUUAUUCUGUCCUUCUCGAGACCUUGAGCGCACAGUUAUUUUCUGGGAUGAAGAAGGAAGCAAGAGGAAUUACAGCGUGGUGAAUAUCGACAAAGGACUGAUUGAAGUCGAUCACAUCAGCUGCCCUGGCGUUGGUCUGAGCUGUCAAGUGAAGCUGCAGACUGCUUUGUGGACAGCAACAAAGGAUCAUAAAAUUCAGGUAUACAGCCUUAAAGGGAUGUGUCCCUUAAAUGUGCCCCUGCUGGUCCUGGAUGUUCCUGCCGUCGUCACGUGUUUCCUGCCAGUAUCACGUGGAAACCAGAAAUCUCCACUGAUGCUGGCUGGCAUGGCCGAUGGAAUGGUCGCGGUCUACUCAUUGGCCAGUGAAAUUCCCAAGGACUGGUCGUCCUACCUGUGCUCGCGUUCCGCAAACAACUUCCGGUUCAAGAUCCCCGACAGUGACCCGCGGCAGAACGCGUACCCGGUGGCUGACAUGAUAACGGUGAACAACGAAUCGGAGGUGUGGUACAGCAACGGUCCCGGGAUCCUGAUCGUCGACACGCUAACUACGGAAAUCACUCGCCGAUUGGAACCGUACCAGCCGCCUUCGCAGGUCGUCUCAAUGACUUGUAACCUGGGCUGUAAUGGAGAAGAGACUAUCUGGUGUCUGGAUGACAAGACGAGCACGUUGGUGAUGUACCGUGCUUAUCAGAUCUGUGCUCGCUAUGCCUGCAGUGACAGUAAUCCAUUGAGAGAUGUGUUUCCCAUCCAGCAGCCUGUCAGUGCCACAGCAAACAUGGCCAUCACACCCAAGGACACGAGUGAAACCAAUUCCACCGACGUCAGCAUUAUCUUCCACGACGAGGUUGGCACUCAGAUAAUAAGACAUUGUGACUCCAUGACCGAUUACUGUUCUUUGUCCUCCAGCUUUUCCUACUCCACCGACAGGAACGUCAGUUUGCUCGUCUCCUCCGCCAGCCCAACGAGCGCUCCCACUUCUCUGACCUACGAAGACCCAGACAAGGGCGGUGCGCCUGAUAACGUCUCCCCAGCUGCAGAUAAUCCCAAGCACCUACAAGCUGUAAAGGUCCUCACAGUGAAGGACACGUUAUGGAUACCAAGGCAUGGUGGUGACAUCAUUGUGAUUGAAAUUCAAAGCCAGGGCGGCUGGGAACAAGGCAAGGUGGUGGCUGUACUGAACGCUGGAUCGGUUACCGAGGAGAGCACACUGGUAGAGGCUGCCGUUGUGGCAAAGGACACAGUGGUCUGCUGCUUUCGAGACGACGUUGGAGACUGGCGACUGUGCUUGUGGAGGGGCUGGGGCUCCCAGGAAUUCGAGCUGUUCUAUCAGUCGUUUGAAGAAUUGGGGAGAAUGGAAGUUAGCAUGCGCAAACGGAGGUAGCAUCACAAGCUAACUCCACUCCUCUGGACUUGUGGCUUCACAGCACAGAAUCCAUUGGCACAAAGACAGAAAUAGGUCUCUAAACUGGAGUUUAAAGACCAUACUUUUUUAAAAAAAAACACUUUCCUUGUCUUUGAAUGUAACCUGUGGGGACAGGAGACUUCAGUCCAAGACACUCUUCAAAGUAGCUAACACAAUGAGGAAUCCGCCAUUUUCUGUUGGAAUUCACUCCACUGCACAGCGAUUGCGGCCUUCAGUUUAUACACAGGCUGAAUUCUCAUUUCAGGAUCCAUUCUGUCUCCUUCCAUUUUGUUAUGUAAAGCCAUAUGGGUCGUCUUGUCUGCAAAAAAUGUUAAAAAGGAACUAAUUUAUUUAUUAUGCAAUAAAUACAAUUAAAA